CCGUCACAAUGAGUCCAAACACCCGGCGAUGCUCAUCUGGCGAACGACCAGUCUGAGCAUCUCCGGUGGGUGCGGGCCGCCGGGCGUGUCUGCGUUCUGCUGAUGGGGAUUCCGGUCUUCCAGUCGUCUCGUCCUGGUUUAAACCGAAGCUGGUCUGAGUCCAAGUCAGUCUGAGCAACAGCAGCAGCAGCAGCAGGAUGGCCUCCAACACUGCCACCAUGGGGAACCUCCCCAGCGGGGUCGGAAUAUGUACGACUAUCCCCGACAUCCUCUACCUACCAGAACUGAUCUUCGGCGGACUGGUGUGGAUCCUGGUGGCGUGCACGCUCGUGGUGCCACAGAACCCUCAGGGCUGGGUCAUGUUUGUCUCCGUCUUCUGCUUCGUCAUGACUUUCAUCUGGCUGCUGAUCUUCGCCUGCGGGGGGCAUCACAACAAGGGCAGCUGGGCCGCAGCAGACUUUGUGUAUCACGGCAUCGCUGCUUUCUUCUACCUCAGCGCUUCGGUGGCUUUGGCCAAAGUGACCCUGGAAAUGAAAGAUGGGUCCAGCUUCCAAAACUACCAGCUGGACAUCGCUGCAGUGGUUUUCUCAUACGUGGCGACUCUGCUCUACUUCAUUCACACCAUCCUGUCUGCCAUCCGAUGGAAAUCUUUCUAGAAGUUUUUGCCCUGUAGAGCCCCAUGGGCGACACCAGCACAAAACUGAUUUUUAUCCUAAAAUCCGUUAAGAUAUGGCACGCUGACAUGAAGGAAGGGCUGAUGGUGAUGGAGGCUCUCAGGUGGGAGUUUGGGCUUUGCUCUCUACUGGAAGAGGAAGCUGUGGAGCAACAUCUGGUUCAGCACAUCUCACAGUGUCCAGCGCUCUGAAGCAGGACGUGAGCUGAGACUUUACUGCCAGCCGACCCUGAUGGUUCGUGUCACAGACCUGCUUCAUCUCUUCUGCUAACGGAUCCACAGAAAACCUCCAGACAGUCACACAGCAACUGUCUCUAGAUGUGACAAAGCGCACAAGAAAAUACAGAAUUCACAUUUGAAUGGAAAAUCAAUCCUGUCUUUGAAGUGUUUGUAGGGUAAAAACAACAGAUUUACUAAAUGACGUAGACAGCUGUGUAAGGCGGUAAAUCGUCACAUUCAAUGGGGAAUAAAUAUUUUAUAUCCUUUAAAUAAGUAAAUGUACAAACAUCAUGAUUUGCAAAUACUCCAAUACAAUUUCUAAUUAAUUAAAAGUUUUAUCAGCAGAAUUGGCUUAAAAUAUUAAAAGUAAAUGUCCUCAGUUUGCAGAGAACCCUGUGACAGAUGUAAUAUCAUGAGUUACUUUGCAUACAGUUGGAUAUUUCACAAACAGGCCCCUCCAAAGGGUCCCUAGAUAGAUCUGGAGGGUCGUCAGAUGAUUAGCAGUAGAGGGAGUAACAGAAAAGAGUUUGAUUUGGUGUGAAAAGCUGAACCCGUUAUUGGAAAGAAACCACUGAAAAGAGUUGAGGAGAAACUGCUGACAUCUCGUCAAACAUCUGAGACCAAAGAAACACAACGCUGUAGUUUGAUAUUCUGAUUAGACAAAGGGGCCUGGUGUGGCUGUUUUUAUAUUUUUUUUUUAUAAAUUUAUCAACAUUGUCAAAAAGAGGAAAGUUGAAUAAAGUUGUGGAUCAGAAUUCAACCAGGAUGUAAAAGAUGCUUUUUUUUUCUUUUGUAAUGUAAGCCUGUCAGCUUCAUUUUUGUAAUUUUUUGAAAUGAGUGAAUUUAUUGAAUAUGAAUAAAUGUGUCUAUUUUGACAGAUUUUAAAUGAU